AUCUCAUGCCAAUCAACCCCAACAAAAACCUUCCCUCGCAACAUGAGAAGUAUUUGUCCCAAUCUGAUUGUGCAUUAUUGUUCUGUGUAACCGAUGUCCUUAUGCUUCAACAGAUCCUAUCUCAUUCUUAUGCAAUCCAGUCAUGGGCUCCCAUAUCCCUGAGCCUUCCAUUCGCAAAAAAGUUGCCAAGCAACUCUGUACAUCAUUUGGUGGUACAAUGAGCUUCUGGCUGGAGCUCAUCCCGCAAGUAAUGCCAUGCUGGACCAAAGUUUGCAUUGGGAAUGGUGGGGAUCUUAUUCGUGGGGCGAUCGCUCACAGUGCAAGUGUGAACGAACAGAAUUUACGUGAUGCAUCUUUUGUCUGGUAUGAACUUAACAUCGAUAUCAAAGCACAUCUCCCCAAGGCCGAGCCCAAGUUUGUCCAGCGGGUCUUUUAUGGUCGCCUCGAAUAUAUACUUGAAUGUGCCAUUCCACCAAAUAGGGUUUCAAAGAAUGGUGAGCCAAGAAUACGCCUUCUUGCUGUAAUCACAACACUGGACACCUGUCAUAUCCAUGCAUACCCGAUCCCGACCCGACUUCCGGACCUCCUCCUUUCCCACCUCCGGAGUCAUACCCUACCGCUGCCCGUUCCGAUACUCACCUUCGGUCCUGGCAACACACCUCCUUCUACCUCCCAUGCCACCUCUACUCCUCCUUCCCUCUCCUCCCCUAUCUCCGUCCGCUCCGAUACUCACCUCGGACCAAACACCACCCCUCUCACCACCCUCCUACUCCUCCUCCUCCUACUCCUCCGCUCCUCCUUCACAACACCUCCACCCUUCCGUCAUCCUCCUACGCUUCUCCCAUCUGCUCCGAUACUCACCCUCAGACCUGACAACUCUCCUCUCCACCACUCCUCUCUCCUCCCUCUGGUACUCUUCCGCCGACCUCCUGCCAAGUUACGACCUUCCACCGCUGUCCCAUACUUUGUACUCGGGCACCGCUCGUACCUUUGCUCCGAGCCUCCAUCAUAG